CACAGCAGUGCAGCAGAUACACAUGCACGUACAGACGCUCGGAGCUCAGCCAGGAAAUUAGCUCUGAGUGUCUCGCCAUGAACCCCUCCAGCCUGCGUCCUGCGUCUCCAGAUUUACAGACGGACAAAGAGGAACUGCCGGCAUCGCUGGAAAAACUACGGCAGCUGAUAGAAGACAAAAUUAACAUCCUGCAGUUGCCCCCCAUCGAGGAUCAGCAGGAUUCACUGCGUGAGGAGCACACAGCAGCAGGAGGACUGUGGAGGUUUGCUGCUCUGAGUGGGGAGCUGUCCUGUCACCUCCAGCAGCUGCAGAAGCAGACAGAGCAGGAGCUCAGCAACAUUCAAACACAGAAGGCUCAUGUGGAGAUGUUGGCACCAGUGCUGGAGGGGUCCUCCAACUGGGAUGAUGGAAAGAAAAGCCAGACGAAAGCAGAAGUAAUACUGUGUCAGAUCGAAGGCCGUCAGCAGCAGCUGACCGGGGAGCUGUCGGAGCUUCAGAAGAGGAAGGAACAGGCUGAGGAAGAGCUGAAGAACAGCUCCUGCCCUCACACGUCCGCUUUUCGUUUGUGCGCCUGUCGGGAUCUUCAGACAGUCAUCUCAGAGCGUUUGCUUCAGUCUGAAGGGCUGGUGUUCCAGAAGAAGGCCCUGAGCACGCUCUGUAACCUUCUGACCCAGGACCUGCAGAAGUAUCAGGAGGAAAGGCAGCGGCUGACCCGUUUCACCCAGAGAAUACUCGGGAAAUCCCACAGGCCAGGGGGAGAGGAAACCCUCCAACAGAGCAGGGACGGCAUGCAAGGGAAGAACGAGACGGAGCAGGAAAACAACAUGCACACUCUGGAUUUCUCUUCAAAGUCACCACUUAGUUCUCACCUGAGCAACAAGGAAGGCGAGGCAGAGAAGGCCUGGAGCGCCUCUCUAAUGAGGCCAAUAGUUGGCCUGACCAAUCAAUCAAAGCUGCUGCGAGCCGGCAGCGUCAAAGACCUGAUCACCAGGUUCUCUGGUCGAGACACCGUCCCAGCUUACAGUAUGCAACAGAGCUUUUGUUUGGGACCUGAAAAAGUUCUAAAGACCGCCUCCAUAGAACCUCUCAACUCUCCCAAGUCUACGUCCAGUCCCCCCAUGGUAAAGAGAGCUGGACAAGAGGCCACCCCUGUUCCCAGCAUCGUCUUGACUCCAUUUAGAGAAACCACUCAGAAUGGGUUGGAACUGACAAAGAAAGCCUCUAAAGCUAGUCCGGUUCCUGCAAGAAUCAAGCCUCCCGUUGAGGGUGUCGCCCCAAACUCUGCUCCAGAACCAAGAAGCAAAUCAGAGGCAGCAGACUCUGGUAGAGAUUCAUUGGCUGACUCUGGCAUGGGAUCGGAGCCAGAAUUGGAUCAGAACAGACACCCAGACAGCCCGUCAGAGGACGACCUCUCCACACCCCGAGCCGCGUCGAGCAGCGAGAGCUCAAAGUUUCAUACGUACACGAACAACGAACCGGGAAUCAAUGGGGUAAGCGGCAGGGAUGUGGAUGGAGGCCGCGGGUCAGCCGGGGAAAACAGCCCCAGGCUGGCCAGAUGGGAAACCACCCGGCUGGGGUUGAACCACUACCGCGGGUCCCUGGAGUCCCUGGCCUCACGGGACUGGGACACAGGUUCUGACAGGGUGGGCUUCACCGACAGCCCUUCCAGGGCGUUCAACAGCCCGUACUCCUCAGCCACUUCUCUGGAGUUCAACCCCACAAACAGGAUGUCAGAGUUCAAGGGUAGACUGUCUCCCUCCACCUCAGAGCUCAACUUGUACAGCUUCAACAGUCGCAGCACCAGCCCAGUGGGCGUCGCCUCCUUUGCCUCCUCCCGCCCCCGCUUCUCCGCCUAUGACACACUGAUGAGGAGGAGGGCCGAAGUCAGCAGCCCCGUGCCCUCCACCCAUUACAGCAUGCGCUCUGCUACCCUGGGGGCCCCCAACAAAAGAGACUACAUAGAAGAGCUGACCAAAGAGCUGGACGCCUGCCAGAAGCGCAAUCAGUUCCUGGAGGCAGAAAGUGUGCAGAUGGAGAAAGAGAGGAACCAGAUCAGACUCGACAUCCGUAACCUGCUGGUGAGCAAAGAGGACCUCCACAGGACCAACACUCAGCUGACCAAUGAGCUGAAGAGGCUGAGAGAGCAGAUGAUAGACAUGGAGAGGGAGAAGCAGGCGGUGGUGGAGCAGUGCAGAUCAAUGGAGUUUGAGGUGAAGCAAGCCAGAGAGAUGAUGGUGGAGGCCAACACCCAGGAGUACGCCUUCAACUACCUGCAGCAGUCGCUCCAAAACAAGAUCCAGGAUGCUGAGGAGAGCCUGGAGAAGCAGACGCAGCGCGCUCAGGACCUGUCUGACAAACUGUGGCUGGCAGAGAGACAGUUAGAGGAGCUGGAGAUAGAGAAAGGCACUAAAGACAAGAAGACGUCUGAACUCAACGCCACUGUUCUCAGGCUAGAGACAGAGCUGGGCGAUGCCCUACAGAACUACACACAGAUGUCCACAGAGCUGAGCCUGCAGCAGAAGCUGCGUGACGAUGCCCAGCUGAGGGUGGAGGAGUUGGAGGAGACUGUGCUGGAUAAGGACCAAGAACUACAGAGACUGCAAUCUCUCGUUAGCAAACUGCAAGGAGAGGUCUCCGGUAAGCUGAUUGAUAAAGAGAGGACGCUGGAGGAGGAGAUUCAGCUGAGAGAGAGGCUGCAGCUGAUGUGCAGACAGGCUGAGAGAACGGUGGAAGAUCUCACAAUGGAGCUGCAGAGCACAAACCAGGCCAAAGAGGAUCUGGCAAAGCAGCUCAAACAGACUCAGGAAAAGAUGAUUGACCUAGAGAGUGAUCUGGAGGAGCUGCAGGAGAGCGAGCACAGGUGGGCUGCCAAGCACAAAAGGACCAUCGAGCAGACUGAGCAGCUGCAGCAGAAGCUUAUUCAGCAGAAAGAGAUGAAUGAGGAGCUGGAGGCAGAGAAAGCUUCCAUGGAGAGACAGUUGCGCGAGCUGCGACUGGAAGUGGAAGACCUGCAUAGCUCCAGAGUGCAGGAAGACGUCAUUUCUAAAGCAGAAAUCAGAGCCAAGGAGCUGGAGAACGCCCUGAGGGUGGAAGAGAGGAACAAAGCAUCGCUGUCGAACACCAUCAAUAAACUGGAGAGGAGGAUCAACGAGCUGACCGAUCAGAUGGAGGAGGAGAGCCGGAUUGCAACUGAACAGAAGGAACUGAUGACCCAGAGAAUCCGUUCCCUCAAGCGGCAGCUGAAUGAGGUCGAGGAGGAAGCGAGCCGGAAGGAGGUGCAGUACCGCCACACUCAGAGGGAGCUGGCUGAGGAGCGGGAGAACACCAGCCGCCUGGAGAGACAACUGCUCGAGCAACACCUGCAGAACAAACGUAAAGAGAACCUGACCAUCCGCCAGACUCUGGACAACCUGAGAUUAGACCUUGAUGAUGAAGAUGAAGAGGACAAUGCUCCAGAAACAAACACUGUCACCAAAGUUUGAAGCCUUUCACACUCUGUAGCUCCAGCUUCAGUUUUGCGUCUAGUAGCUUUUUAAAGUGAAAUAAUGGAAAUGUAAGAGCUAGCUUUGAAAACUGUGGGCUUAUGGGGAACAGCUGAUCCGUGAGGUGUAAAAGUUGCCCACCAUCUAUGCAUUCAUCUAUGCAAAAUCCUAAGACAAAAAAAGAUGACAAUAUUUUGUUGUUUGCACGAGUAUUCUCCACUAACUGACGGCUUUCUGUUCUAAAGCCCCAUGAGUGAAGACAAAGAAAGAUAAAACUAAGUAAUGAAGAUGUGACGCAAUAAAAAAAAGUUUUAAGUUGAAGGAUCUGCAGAUUCUUGCUAAAAAAAAAAAAAAAAACAACUGGUAAUCAUUGUUUAUUUUGAACUUGUUUUUGUUUUUAAUUACUAUUCCAGAGGAUGAGAAUCUCUGUGAUAAUGCCACACAAACUGAACAUUUCUGAGGGAAUAUCUGAAAGUGCAGUUUUCAAUCCAAACACUUUUUGGGAAGAAGCUUUAUUUAUACAAAACUGUUUUUGCUCCCAUUUGUGUGUCUCCUGUUUGUUGAGAACUACAGUCAAGCUUUGAUGCAGGAUGCUUUUUAGUCUUGCUUAAUGUAACAACAGUUUUAUUGUCUUUGUAAUUAAAGGGUUGUGCUGCUGUUUGAGACCAUGGUUUCACAUAGUUCAAAUUAUUAUUCUAAUUAGAAAAAAAAAAAAAAACUUUGUUGAUUGUAAAGGUUGUCAAUCAGCUUCUGGGUAAAUGCUUUUUCAGAAAGUUACAUGAAAAGACUUUUACAUGAAAGGACUUUUUUAGCAGAUUUGAUGCUUGAUACCCAAAUCAAAGGAAGAAAGGGGAAAUGCUGUUGUUCAUACUGUGAGAGUGUGAAAUAAACCGCUCCUAUUUGCUGCA